UCUACCCCAUUGCUCUCCCAGGCUCAGAAAUGACUCCGAGCAUCAUCAUGAACCCAGAGAUGAGCGUCUCGUGCCUUCCGCGCACCGUGGCACAAAGAAAGGAGGCAAACGAGCUCAGAAAGACUCUGAAGCCUCUGAUGGAGAAGAGGCGGCGCGCGCGCAUCAACGAGAGCCUCGAGCACCUGAAGAGCCUCAUCCUCCCCUUGACCGGCAAGGACAACUCUCGUUACUCCAAGCUGGAAAAGGCAGAUAUUCUUGAAAUGACCGUGAGCUUCCUCAGGGAUCUCCCAUCUGCCCCAUCUAAAAGUCCAUCUGACAGUUACAGAGAGGGCUACAAAGCCUGUCUUCAGCGGGUCUCCACCCUGCUUCCCAAAACGAAUCUCCUGGACGCGGACACGAGCCGGCGCCUCAACGAGUACAUCCAGCAGGCCAUGACACCCUGCCAGAGUUGCAGGUGCAGCAGCCAGACCUCCAGAUCUGCUCCCCAGAGAAACCCCCCCUCCCUGGGCUUCGUGAAGGCAGAGAAGCCCCAAGCUGCAGUGAGCUCCGGUACCGGGGGUCCACAUGUGCACACCCCCCAGCCACGGCCACAGACUCUCAGUGCCAACAUGUGGAGACCUUGGUAGAUCUCCACUAUGGACUAUAGCAAACUGUCAGUAAACUGUGUAAAAUGUGUGUGUGU